AUGAGCGAACUAGGCGAUGUGCUACGAGAGAUCAACGCGUCGCUGGCGGCGACCAGCGAGUCGCUGGACAGCGCGCGCAGACAGGAGGCGUCCGCGGCGCACGCCACGGGCGCGGCGCGCGAGCUGAGCGGCGGACGCGAGCUAGAAAAGGUUUCGCUGCUUACACUCAAGAACGCGAGCCUGCUGGCGUACGUGAACAGCCUGAUGGUGGUUGUCGGGGAGAAGCUGGGACGCACGGACGCGAGCGCGAAGAGCGGGCGCGCGCAGUCCGUGGAGCACCGUGUGGUGCUGGAGCGCGGCGUACGGCCGCUGGAGAAGAAGCUUGCGUACCAGCUGGACAAGCUGGUGCGCGCGUACACGCGGAUGGAGGGCGAGUACGAGGCCGCCGAGAAGCGGGCGCUGGCAGCGCAGGACGAGGCCGCGGCGGGCCGCGACAGCGGCGACGGCGCGUCUGGAGACGAGGCUGCUCGUGGCGGCCGCAGUAGGGCCAACGCCGACGACGACGCCGACGAAGGCAGCAACAGCGACGACAGCGACAGCGACAGCGAGACAGAGGCACAGGCGUUCCGCCCCAACGCUGCGGGCCUCAUAGGAAGGUCCGCGCGCGACAAGCACACUGCCGGUGCCGCUCCCGCCGCUGGCACCGACGACGCCCCCGCGGAGGCCUACAAGCCGCCCCGCAUCAGCGCCGCGCUGCCGCCCCAGCACCACUUCGAGGACAAGUUCGACGCACAGCAGCACAGGGACCGCAGCGGCAAGAACCGCAUGCAGGCCAUGGAGGAGUACGUCCGCGAGGUCUCCGAGCAGCCCGACUGGGAGGCCUCCGUCGGCGCCAACAUUGUCGACCACGGCAAGGGCGGCGUCAAGACGCUCCGCGACACGCAGCGCGAACAGCGCAUCAAGGACUACGAGGAGGACAACUUCACCCGUGUCAACGUCAAGGGCAACAAGGCCGAGCGCCGCCGCGCCAAGCAGAAGGAGCGCGCCGCCCGCGCCAACAUGCUCGGCGGCGAGGACUUCAGCAUUUUCAACUCCAAGCGCCGCCUCGAGGACAGCACCUCGCGCAGCGCGGCCAAGCGGCCCCGCAGCGCCUGGGACAGGGCCAAGAACAGGCUCUAG